AUGCCUGCACAACUUGUCGCUUCAACUGUGGAUAGAGGCUUCAUUUUGUCUCCUCCAGCCCUAGAAAACCCAGCUACAUCUGACCGUAUCCUCCAGCGCAUUCUUCAGUGGCAUCUUCCCCGGGAUAUCAUUGCAAAGAUCUCCCCAGAGUUGACUUCAUUCGGGUCGGCCGCGAUCUCAGAUGAAACAAAUGCUCUCAUCGGAAACGCUGAAAGCCAGCAGCCAUAUAUUAAAGGCUAUAAUGUGUGGGGUAAACGGUACGAGGCGGAAGGUUUAAUCACUAGCACUGGCUGGAAACAGCUGGGCAAAUGGGGGAUUAAGCACGGUGUUGUUGGUCUUGGAUACGAGGACGACCUUGGAGAAUAUCGACGUACCGUCCAACAUGCCUUUAAUUACAUUUUCUCUGCAUCUUCUGCAGCAUACUCCUGUCCUAUUUCCAUGACCUCGGGCGCCGCACGACUUGUCCGGAGUGAGCUUUCCAACGUCCCUGCAGACCACCCGUUCCAUGAGCUCUAUGCGCGACUUAUCGCUCGUGAGAACAACUGGAUUUCUGCACAAUGGAUGACCGAGCGACCGGGUGGUAGUGAUGUGCGCAAUAGUGAAACAGUCGCUACAUUUUCCCCGCUAAAAACUAAGACUGGCCGAUUUGGAAACAUCGAACAAGGGGAUUAUUUGCUCUCUGGUUUCAAAUUCUUUUGUAGUGCGACGGAUUGCGAUGUAGUUCUUCUACUUGCAAAGACAGAUUCAGGUGAGCUGUCUCUUUUUGUGGCUCCAACUCUCAAGACAGUUAUGGAUGCCGAAGGAAAACAGAGAAAGGUAUCAAAUGGCAUUCGGAUUCAUCGACUGAAAAACAAGAUGGGCACAAAGGAGCUUCCGACAGCAGAGGUGGAACUUCGUGAUGUGCGAGCGCAUCUUAUUGGUCCCAAAGAUAGAGGCAUUGCGACAAUUGCUCUCUUGUUGAAUACUACACGCACCCACAACUUCAUCACUGCUCUAUCAUGCCUUCGUCGUGCUCUGGAUAUCGCAAAAGCGUUUGCCCGGGCACGUACUACCAUUGAUCAGCCUCUGUGGACGUUUCCUAUGCAUCUCAACGUUCUCGCUCAACUGGAGGUAAAGCACCGAGGCUGGAUGCAAUUGGCCUUCUUCACAUCUACAUUGCUUGGUUAUGUGGACAAUGGGUUUCCCAAAGGCAUCCCCGAGGUGUUCUCGGUGUUGAAGAAGUCCCCCGUAGCAGCAAUGGUUGUGCUACGAGCAUUCACUUCGACCUCAAAGGCUGUUAUAUGCAAAUCCUCUACUUUAGCUUUCCAGGAAUGUCAGGAAGCAAUGGGAGGUGUUGGCUAUAUUGAUGAACCUGACGAGCCCGAGUUUAACGUCAGUCGAUUAUGGCGCGAUACUGCGAGUAACAGUGUGUGGGAGGGAACCACCAAUGUUCUGGCCAGUGAAACGGUCCGCCACUUGACAAAAGACCAGAACUUGAGGUUUUUUAAUGAGUGGAUCAUGGAUGCCAUCAAUCAAGUAUCCAACAAUGCCUUCAAAGAGACACUUCAAGAAGCUUGGGCGCAGCUUAAGACUAGGCUUGCUGCAGGCCAGGAUGAGCGAAAAUUAACAGAUGUGCUAGGAGUCGGUCGUCAGAUUAUCUUUACACUCGCUUGGUUAGUUAGUGGUAUGCUACUUUCCCUGGAUUCUCAGCGAGACAAUGAUCCGGUGGUUUGCGAAGUUGCUCGACGAUGGGUCCUCGAAGGACAGGGCGUUCCUGGAGAAUUCGCAUUUACGGAUGUAAUUUACCACCGCCUCGCCUCAACACGGGGGUUGAAACCAACAGAUUGCAAGAGGACUAAGUGGGACUGCCUCAUUGUUUGGGGCGUUGAUCUGCCUUCGGAUUCGUCUUCAGGAUAUCGUGUAUCUAAAAUCUAG